GUGACUAAUAGCGGGCGCCUACGUACCUACCCCUUUUGCGUUUUCCUUUUUUCUAUGCGGCUGGAACGUGACCAUCAUGUGAACGCUUGAUGCAAUGGCUGAUGAUGACAAUCCGUUAAAUCUUCUGUCGUCAGAAAACUUGAAUAAUAUAAAAACGUCUGAGAAAGAGUAUGUAAAAACCUGUGCUAAGUUGUUUCGAGAGGAGUCUGUGGAGGAACACUUGGACAACAUUAACAGACGUAAGGACAAUAUCAGAAGGCAGUCCCCACGAGGCAAAGGAGGGAAUCCAUGUUGUGAAAAUGCUUCAGACAAUAUUGAUGAAGAGCCAGUUUUUUCAAGAAAUAAUUUUAAUUGUCAAAGUCGAUCAUACCAGCACCAACCCAGGUGUCGCCGUGUGGGUGUGAUGCAGGUUCUUGCAUUGGUAGCUCUUUUAUUUGAAGUGCUGGGCCAUCUUUCUACUAGUGAAAAGGAACAUGGCGAGGCUGUUUUCCUGGCAAAUGACCUCCCAUUGCACACACUUGCACCAAGGCAUGAAAUGCUCAACAAGAUCAGAAAACACUUUGCCGAACUACAUUCCAUGUUUGAGGGCAAGGUUGUUGGUGUUGAUGUUGUGGGUAUUCCAGGGAGUGGAAAAACAGUGUUAGCAACCCAGUAUUGCCACAAAUACAAAUCUGAUUAUAGGGUUGUGCUUCAUCUUGAUGUCUCUUCAAUAGAGAAGCUUCACUACUCACUAGUUCAAGUUGCUAUGAACAGCUUCUUUGGACAAACAUUUGACAAACAAUUAAUCAUGGAGGCGAAUGUGCAGAGCACGACUGUACUUCUAGAGCAACUUCGUAAUCGACUCAUGAAUGUAUCAAAUUGGCUAAUUCAUGUAGACAGCAUCGGGAAUUACUUUGAAAUCUUGCCAGGUUUGUUACCAGUACCUGGUUCAAGUGGUUGGGGUGUCAAUGGGAGUCUCAUAGUUGCUACGACAGAACGAGAUCUCAAAGGGUACAAGAAGUUCAGUCGGAUGGUUGAAUUGGGUGGUGGAUUGACUCAUCGAGAAGCACGAAACCUACUUGCAGAAAUAUCGAAUGACACGCAAAGUGAGGGAAUUGACAAAGUUGCGACAGAAUUAGAACGUUUGCCUUUAGGACUGGUGGCCAUAGCAAUGUAUCAUGGCUCUAGAAGAGAAGCAAUAUUGUCUUGGACUUGGAUCGACAGCCUAAGAAAGUACAGCAAGGUGAAGAAGUCAUUGAAACCAUACUCUGAAACUAGUCCGUAUCGUAAGUCCUUGAUUCAGGCAGUGGAAAUGAAGGCCAGAGAAAAUAUUGAAGAUACAAGUUCUAGCAAAGGAGUCGUUUUGAUACUGUUUGGUUUACUGAACUCUUCCCGUCUUCCUGAAAAUUUUGUUCUCAGUUUUGGGGAAGCCUUGAACGUUCAGAGUGACACAGAUACUAUUAUUGAUAGGUUGUCUCUAGUUAAUCUAGAGAAGGGCAACGUUUCAUUCUUUACUCUACAUCAAGUCACUCAACAUGUUGUCAAGCAGAUCGUAUCGGACAUGGUCAAGGGGGUCCACUAUCACAAGAAUGUGGAGGCUAUAACAGAUGCUUUGAUAGAUACCCAUAUAGAUCAUUCAAAGAAGAGAACAGAAGCAAACAGCAUUAUGUUACGAUCUCUGCGUUCAUACUUCCUUCGUUUUAGCAACCACUUGCUCAUCUCAGUAGAUAAACGUGUCAUGUUGUAUCGUGCUUUAGGAGAUAUCUCUGUGUUGAUGAGUGAUGGUGAACUGGCGAGGCUUAGAUACACAAGUCUUUCACUGGAAAUAAUGGAACAACACGACAGUCAGCUUUCCGUGUGCGAGAAGGCGAAGAUUUAUCUUCAGGGUCUCAUGUCUGCUGUCAAUUUGGUCAAUGGUACAGCCGCGGAGAGAUUUUAUCGAGCAGGUCUAAACGUUUUGCUGAAGAGAGAGAAAGACGAUGACUCUGAAUGCUUUAGGACAGUAAUGGGAAAUCUUCAUUAUCACUACGGUUCUCUCCUCAAAACAAAGGGAGAUUAUUCUGCUGCAGAGAAAUUUCUAAAAAAGGCUGAAUGGCUUCUUUGUGAGACAAAGUCUUCCGAGUGCUAUUAUGCUAGAGAAGGAUUGUAUGAGUCUCAGAAAAACAAAAGAGUUUAUGAUUGUCAGGAAAGACCAUGCAGUAUUGCUCUCAGAAGUCACACUAAGCGCCUUCACUCAUUACUUGCCUCAGCUAUGAAUGAAAAAUAUGAAAAGCUGAUCGCUCACUUACAGAGUCGUUUAGCUGUUGGCUACCUGAACAAUAACAAUCUGAGUAAAGAUGAGGUAAAUUUACUACUUAACUACAGCUUCAAUUCUUCCCAACAAUACAAAACAAUAUAUGGAGAAAGUCACUCUCGCUAUGCUCAAUCUACAACAACACAUGCCAUGGGACUUCUCUAUGUUGGGAAGCUGGAUGAAGCUUGCGACUUUUUGAAUCUGGCAGAAAAGAGCCUCAGUAACAGUGGCAACAUGGAGUAUAACACUUAUGGCUACUGGGCAGUAAGUAAAGCUCACUACUUCAUACGGUUGUCGUGUGGAAAACCCAACAUGAGUGAGAAAAAGGAUGACUUGAUGAAAGCAUCAAGUCUAAUUCAAAAGAGUUACAACCUUGCCGUGAGAAAACUAAACCAUCAUCAUCCGGAGGCAGCUGCUUCUAUGAUGGCUAUUUCCUACUUGUACGUCAGACGAGCUGUGUUGGAGGUGAAUGAAACGAGACGAUUGCUCCUCCGUCUUGCAUUUCAUACGUUUCAGAUCGCUAGCAGAAUACGGAAACAAUCAGACUGGCGUCUUCCUUGCUGCCAACUACGUUUUCCAUGUCGUCGGUCACAAUGGUUUGUUCUUGAAGUUAGUAAGUCAGAAGAGGUACCGUCUUUGGGAUCUUGUAUGACAGGCAAAGAAGCAGUUCAUUUUAAAGUUCGAAAAAGGAAACACAAACUCUUUGUAAAGAGAUUUCAGUAAUACUUUUAGAUUGUACCUACAUAUUUGUACAUGUGACUAAUUUGUAUAGGACUAUUUAGUGUAUUUACAUAUUAAUUAAUUUAAUACCGAUUCCUUGACAA